CAAAGCUUGACCGAGUGCUCAAAUAUCCCGCUAUGGCGAGAGACGAUAAGGCUCAAAAGAUAGAAUGGGUCUCAAAUCUCAUGGGGAGCUCCGUUGCCGAUAUCAACAGUGUUUCCCUUGUUAUGACCCUCUCCAUUCUCCUUUGGUCGGUCCUCCAGUCACGCAUGCGCCUCUUUAGCCCCUACACGCCCGUCGCGUGCUUGAUCGACUUCCUGCUUAGUUGCGGAGCUAUUCUCUUUGCCACCACCUUGUACUCGUCGUCACCCUGGCUUCUGAAUAUGCUCCUGCUGCUUCCCGCAGCCAUCGUUUUCGUCACAUGCCGUACGGCGCCCUUUCCACCGUCCCACCUGCGGCCACCCGCCAAGAAUGGCGUCGCAAAACAAUCUCCUCAGGACCGUCUUCCGUUUAAGCCUUUUGUCACGCACUAUCGCGCUUCCAUGCUCAUCGUUACAUGUGUAGCUAUACUCGCCGUAGACUUCCGAGUGUUUCCCAGGCGGUUCGCCAAGGUCGAGAACUGGGGAACGUCGUUGAUGGACUUGGGUGUUGGAUCCUUUGUCUUCACGUCUGGAGUUGUCUCAGUUCGGGCAUGGCUGAAAACUGAGGCGACGAACCGCCCCGGGUUAUGGAACCGUCUAGUUAGUUCGUUUAGACAUUCCCUACCCUUACUCGUGCUUGGCGUCAUUCGGUUGAUAUCAGUCAAGGGCUUGGACUAUGCCGAACAUGUCACCGAAUAUGGCGUCCACUGGAAUUUCUUCUUCACGCUUGGAUUUCUCCCGCCGUUUGUUGCCUUCUUCCAGUCUGCGUUCGAUAUCGUCCCUUCAUACGCGGUUCUUUCGUGCGUUUUGGGCGUCCUUUAUGAGAUUGCCCUGGAUAAUACAAGACUAAAGGCCUAUAUCCUAAUAGGCCCUCGGACCAACCUGCUAUCUCAGAAUCGAGAAGGCAUAUUUUCUUUUCUCGGAUACCUAGCCAUCUUCCUCGCAGGCCAGUCCGUAGGGUCUUUCAUCCUGCCGAGGCAACAAUCGCUCCGAAAAGAUGCUUCGAUAGUAGAUGUCGUAAAACACACGACCCUAGGUAAACUCAUGUUUUCCGCCCUCAUAUGGUCUACCCUCUUCUACGUGUCCAUAAGCUACUAUGGGUUUGGCCUAUCCGUCUCACGGCGACUUGCCAAUCUCCCCUACUUUUUAUGGGUCACUUCAUUCAACACAGCCCAGCUCGCUUUAUGCUGUGCAAUCGAGCACCUGUGCUUUCCGAACAUCUACAAGGCCGCAAGCAAGGAGGAAGAGGUACAGAGGAGCAAAAGGGCUACCAGUCCAAUUCUAUUCGCUUUCAACCGCAAUGGCCUCAUAAUCUUUCUCGUUGCAAAUCUCCUCACUGGAUUGGUCAAUUUAACAAUGCCGACGCUACGCAUGGGAGAUCUGCAGUCAAUGGCCAUAUUAGUAGCCUACAUUACUAUAAUUGCUGGGUUCGCUCUUGUUUUAAAUAUGCUGGAUGUGUCAAUUAAGCUUUAGAGCAUUAAGAAGCAACAUCGAGAUCCGAUUUCUGUGCGGUGGUCUUUGGUCUCUUGUACAUACCUAGGUAAUGCAGCACAACUUUCACGUUACGAACACCAAGUUUCUGAAUGGAAGUGGAUAGUCGACGAACAGAGUUAAUUUCGUUAAGAC